AUGGAUGAAACAGUGAGUGAAACGAUUAAACGUGUGAAGACGAUGUCUUCAUCCUCGUCUUCUUCUUCAUCUACAUCUGCCGAAAAGUUGAAAGUUCUUGCUCAAAGGACCGAUCAUUUGUUGUACAACUGCCAUGCAUUGAACUCUGCGACGAUCCAAUUAAAUCAAUACCGUCAUAAAAUGGUUUUAAAAACUGAUGGGAAGGUGAUUGAAAUGGAGAAGGGUUUGUCUGAACUGGAGCAAAUUGGAAAAGAGUUCGCAGAAGUUGGACCACUUAUGGAGAAAGAGCUUGAAGACACUCUCGCUUGGUUAUUCAGGAAAAUUGGAUGGCAGCCGAAAAAAGAACCCAAGAAUGUUGGAUACGCUGGCUACGAAGAUAUGCUACUGCGUUACCGGGAUCUCAAAAAGGAGCUUGAUAGAAUGCAGCUGAUGAACAAUCAAACAUCCAACGCCCGGAAUCAAGUUUUUCUUGAAAAAAGAAACUUGCGUCAGAUGAAUGAGAAGAUGGAAGAAAUUCGCCACCGUUUCAUGCUACUGAGUGUUUCCAGACAGAUAACAUCAAGAACUUUGAAUGAUAAUGAUCCUCUUGCAACAUUAUUCUUCCUUCCUCUAGUACUUCCUGGUAUCAUCUACCACGCGGACACUUCCGAAUCUUAUGCAUCAUCCCUUCUCCGCAUCUUAAAGAGAAUUCUCGCAGUGGCAGAAGCAGUUCAGUACGAAAGAAGUCCCUUGAAUGAUCCAGUUGUCACAAACAGCAAUGUCUUGGAAUAUCCACCUCAGUAUGCUGUUCCAGCUCUUUAUGCUCCCAUCCAGUAUGCCGAAGGUAAUGGAGAAGUUCUGGCACCUGAAGAAAGAAUCGUUCCGAUCGCCAGAGACAGCGCCCACACUCUGAUUGCAACUGAGAAUGGAGAAGUGUUUGCUCCAGAGGAAAAGAUUCCACCGAUCGCCCGUGAUAGUGCUCAUACACUGGUUGCGUCAGAAAACGGAGAAGUUACGGCAACAACUGAAAUGAACAUGCCAAUCGCAAAAGAUAGUGUUACAACUUUGGCAUCGAAUGAAUCACCAAAACCAUUGUUGCCAGGCCAGAAGAUUCAGGGGGCUAAUGUUAAGACGAGUCCGAAUAAGAGCCAGAGAACCGGAUGA